UCACUGAGUCAGAGACUUAGCUUACUAAGCCGGCACCAGUUCACCUUGGCAAUGAAAGUGAAUUGGACAAUGCGAACCAAGCAUUUGUAUAAAAACCGGAGCACCCCUACGGAAGCUAUUCAGUUGCCAGCACAUACAGAAUAAACAUGUACGCUAAGUUGAUCGUCGCUCUUUGCGCCUUGGGCGUUGCUCACGGCAGUGGUCUAUUGGCCGCCGCCCCGGUAGCGUACAGCAGCCCCGCUGUCGUCACCAAGACCAUCAGCCCAGCGGUCACCUCGGUCUCCUCAUACUCUACCCAGACCGCUCACGCCUCUCCCGUUACCACCUACGCCGCUGCUCCCGUCGCUACUUACGCCGCUGCUCCCGUAGCAACUUACGCCGCUGCUCCCGUGGCUACUUACGCCGCUGCCCCCGUCGCUACUUACGCCGCUGCCCCCGUAGCGACCUAUGCCGCCGCCCCCGUUGUCAGGAGCUACGCCGCUCCCGCCUACAGGACUUACGCCGCUGCCGCCCCCGCUGUAGUGACCAAGACCAUCUCUCCAGCCACCACCUCUUACUCGUCCUACUCGACCUCCACCUCUCACGGCUCCCCCGUCGCCACCUACGCCGCCGUCGCUCCCGCGGUAACCUCAUACGCCGCUCCCGCCGUCGCGUCCUACGCCGCCCCCGCCAUCACCUCCUACGCCGCUCCCGCCUACGCUAGGACCUACGCCGCCCCAGCUGUAGCCACUUACUCCGGUUACUCCGGAGCGUACGCUUCCCCCGUCGUCUCCACUUACGCCGCGGCCGCGCCCGUGCUCAGGUCGGCUGUGUCGUACUCCGCUGCGCCCGUCGCCUACAACGCCCACGCUGCCUGGAGCAAUUGGUACGGAUAUUACUCAGUUAUCUCACUCAGUAACAUUAACAUGUACGCUAAGGUAAUCAUCGCUCUGUGCGCCGUAGGGCUUGCUCGCGGCAGUGGCCUAUUGGCGGCCGCUCCUCUUGCAUACAGCAGCCACGCUAUCGCAUCACCCGCCAUCGUGGCCAAGACUAUCACCCCCGCGGUCUCCUCUGUAUCUUCUUACUCAACCCAUACAGCGCACGCAGCCCCCGUUGCAACUUACGCCGCUGCCCCGGUCGUCAACACUUACGCCGCUCCCGCCAUCAGGAGUUACGCCGCUCCCGCCAUCAGCACUUACGCUGCUCCCGCCAUCAGCACUUACGCUGCUCCCGCCAUCAGGACUUACGCUACUCCCGCCAUCAACACUUACGCCGCCGCCGCGCCCGCUGUGUCUUCUUACUCUUCCUACUCCACUCAAACCGCUCACGGUGCUAGAGCAGUUGUCGCCCCCGCUGUCGCCGCGUACGCCGCUCCCGCCAUCACCUCUUACGCCAGGACUUACGCCGCCCCCGCUGUCACAUCGUACGCCAGGACUUACGCCGCCCCAGCUAUCGCCUCCUACGCUAGGACUUACGCCGCUCCCGCUGUCGCCUCUUACUCCAGAGCGUACGCCACUCCCGUCGUCUCCACUUACGCUGCCACCGCGCCCGUGCUCAGAUCAGCUGUGUCGUACUCCGCCGCGCCCGCCGUCUCUCACAUUUCCUACAACGCUCACGGCGCCAAUUACGCUUGUAUAAAAGUCGAUUGCGUGUGUUUUCAAAGUUACUCAGUAAAUAGAAUCCAUAACCCAAACAUGUAUUCCAAGGUUAUCAUUUUCCUUUGCGCCGCGGGGAUUGCUUCCGCUGGCAACUUAUUGCAUGCGGCCCCAGUGGCGUACAGCGCACCAGCCGCGUCCGUAUCUUACUCUACAACUACCACGUCCCACGCUGCCCCAGUAGCAUACGCAGCGCCAGCGGUAUCCUACGCAGCACCAGCGGUAUCCUACGCCGCGCCAGCGGUUUCCUACGCCGCACCUGCGGUGUCCUACGCAUCGCCCGCUGUGUCUUACGCAGCGCCAGCGGUGUCUUACGCCGCUCCGGUAGUUGCCAAGGCAGUUGCACCCAUUGCUUCAUACUCUGCCGCCCCAUCAGUGUCUCAUCAAUCUGUGUCUAUUCAAACUAGUCCUGUAGCGUACGCAGCCGCCGCUCCUGUAUUAAAGAGUUAUGCUGCACCCUUAGUAACUAGGACGUACGCUGCUGCCGCUCCUGUAGUAAGGACGUACGCUGCUCCUGUUAGUACUUAUGCUGCUGCUGCCCCAGUCCUUGCUAGGAGUUAUUCAGUUCCUGCGAUCUCCGCGUAUGCUGCACCUGUAGCUCGUACAGUUUCGUACGCUUCUCCAGUGUCGUAUGCUGCUCCUGCCAUUUCGACGUACGCUGCUCCCGCUGUCUCUUACGCCGCUGCUCCAGCUAUCUCCGUCGGAUAUGGUGGCCACGGAUGGGCUGGCAACGGAUGGGCCGGCAACGGAUGGGCUCGCAAUGCAUGGGGCCACGGAUGGUAAAAAAAUAAGAAGUGCAUUUUGUAAAUACGUACGUUCUAACUAAAAGUAAUUAAGACAUAAAUUGUUGAUUAAUUAUUAUUAUAAUUGUUAUGGGCUGAAAUUAAAUUAAAUUAUUAAUUGAAAAGAA